AUGUUGAGAGAAGAAGCUCAGAAACAGGCCAGCAUGAAUGCGGAGAUGACUACAAUUGUUGAUAGUGUUUUUAACAAUGAAGCGAUCGUGUCCAGAGUGUUGGAAAAAACUUCAAAAAAUUCUAUUAGCAAUUUGGAUUUGAGGGUACGUUUAUUUUCUCCCGAAAUGUUUUUUUCAAACAUAAUUACAUCAUUUUUUGAAAUGUUCGAGCAUAGGAAUAAAUAA